AUGAUCUUCACACAUCUGGAGGUGGAGAGAGGAGAGGCGACGUUAGUGAUACCAAUUGUGCAGGAUUUUGGAGAUGUAUUCCCGGAGGAGGUUCCAGGAUUGCCUCCCAGUAGAGAAGUGGAGUUCUCUAUUGAUCUAGUACCAGGGACAAGCUUGGUGUCGAUGGCCCCAUAUCGCAUGGCUCCGGCAGAGUUGGUCGAACUUAAGAAGCAAAUAGAGGAACUGAUGGCGCAGGUUAUCCGACCCAACAUUUCGCCUUGGGGAGCGUCGGUGCUAUUGUUUUUGGGGCAUAUGAUAUCUGCCCAGGGGAUUGCUGUGGACCCAACAAAGGUUGAAGCGGUGGUAAAGUGGGAAAGCCCUAAGUCAGCCACAGAGAUCAAGAGCUUUGUGGGAUUAGCGGGCUACUAUAGGAGAUUGACUAGCGCUCCGAUACUUGUGAUCCCGGAUGUCGGGAAGCCAUUCGAGGUCUACUACGACGCCUCCCACCUCGGACUUGGAUGUGUUUUGAUGCAGGAGAAGAAGGCUGUGGCGUAUGCUUCGAGACAACUUAAGAGAAGAUGGAUGGAAUUCUUGAAGGAUUAUGACUUCGAACUCCUAUACCACCCAAGAAAGGCGAAUGUAGUGGCAGAUGCCUUGAGUAGGAAAACAGUGCAUACUGCGCACCUUAUGAUUAAGGAGGUGGAACUACUAGAGAAGUUCAGAGACAUGAGGCUACAUGUGGAGUUGGGGUCUGAGUCCAUUAGGUGUAGUACCCUUACUAUAUCUGGUGACUUUUUGGAUUCAGUCAGAGAGAGGCAGUUGUUAGAUGCCAGUUUAAACAAAGUCAGAGAACAAUUUGGGUCAGAUGAGGCCAAUGACUUUGCUUUGGGUGGUGAUGGCAUACUGAGGUUCCAAGGUAGAGUGUGCGUACCGGACGAUGUUGAGAUAAAACGGUUGAUCCUUGAGGAGGGGCAUAAGAGUCGUCUUGGUUUGCAUUCGGGCAUGACUAAGAUGUAUCAGGAUCUUAAGGAAACUUUUUGGUGGUAG